CAGCGCUCGCGUGCGUCGGAGCAGCCAGGCGGCACAGUGCGCGCAUCGCAGGACGCAACACCAGCAGAGCCGGGGCUCAACUGUUCAGUCGAUCGCUGUAAUAUUUCGGACACUUUUUUUCGGGGGGGGGAGGAAACUUAACGAAAGAAAUGGGUUGCUUUGAGUGUUGCAUUAAGUGUUUAGGCGGCGUGCCCUACGCGUCGCUGGUGGCCACGAUCCUCUGCUUCUCUGGUGUUGCCUUGUUCUGCGGAUGUGGCCAUGUGGCGCUCACCGGCACGGUGACCAUCCUGGAGACCCACUUCUCCAAGGUCACCAGUGAUCACGCCAUGCUGACCGACGUAGUGCAGCUGAUGCAGUAUGUCAUCUACGGCGUUGCGUCGUUUUUCUUCCUGUACGGCAUCAUCCUGCUGGCCGAGGGCUUCUACACAACCAGUGCAGUCAAGGAGCUGCACAGCGAGUUCAAGACCACCAUCUGCGGACGCUGCAUCAGUGGAAUGUUCGUGUUCCUCACGUACAUCCUGGGCGUGGCCUGGCUCGGCGUGUUUGGCUUCUCCGCUGUGCCGGUCUUCCUCUUCUACAACAUGUGGUCCACCUGUGCCGCCAUGAGGUCUCCCAUGGCCAACCUCACCGACAUCGACUCCAUCUGCGUGGAUGUCCGUCAGUACGGAAUCAUCCCAUGGAAUGCCACGCCGGGCAAGGCCUGCGGAACCACACUAGGUGACAUCUGCAACACCAGUGAGUUCUACCUGUCCUACCACCUGUACAUCGUAGCGUGCGCUGGGGCAGGAGCCACUGUGAUCGCUCUGAUCCACUUCCUCAUGAUUCUCUCAGCAAACUGGGCCUACCUUAAGGACGCCAGUCAAAUGCAUGCCUACCAAGACAUCAAAAUGAAGGAAGAGCGGGAGCUGCAGGACAUCACCUCACGCUCAAAGGAAUGCCUCAAUUCCUACACAUAAGCAUAUGACAUGCUCAAACUCACAGUCCACACACACACACACACACACACACACACACACUGUGGCCAACCACUGUGGCCACUUUGGACCAGGACAAUGCUCAGCUAAAACAACCUGCCAACUGCCCUGACGCUGUGCAGUACUAACCAGGCUCCUAACAAACUAAUGCAUCAGUGUUGCUUUCUGCACUAACUCGCCAAGAAGUGUUUUAGAUCCAUGCUGUUUUUUUUAAAUUUUAAAUUUUUUUCUUGGGGAAAAAAAAAUUUGGUAUUCGUGUUGUCUUUCAUUUUUUCUCUAGCCCUUUCUUUUUAAUAACCAGCUUUUGCCGGUGAAGCUUGAGACAUUGCACUAUUCUUAUACAACGCAUAACAACGAGUUUGUUUCACAGUCUUGCUCUCUCUUUCUCUGAGACACUGUUCAACAAGGGAAUGUAUUACUUUUUUUCAUGUGCUUUUUCCUUUUUUCAAUCAAAAAUGCAGAUGAAUGAUACACAUGAACGGCCUUACAUCCAGUCUGAAUGUGGCACACGGUACUAACACAAGACCGUUACACUUCAAAAAGAUCUUUUACUUUGUCAGUCACCGUUCAAGGAAACAGGUCAAAUAUUAGGAGUAUGCACCACGUCAAGAGUGUUGCAUAUUGGCAACCAAAGUGGCGGUUAUCUUCAUACUGAAGUACCAAACUAUUUGACUUGUCAAUUAGUGAUGAGUUGAAUGUCGGUGAUUCGGUUCUAUAUUCUAAAGUUUUCAUUUCACAGCUUCUCAAAGCUCGCACAGAACUUUCAUGGCCUACAUUAACACUACCUCAGGUGUGCACUAGAGCCUCUGGAACACUUCCCCCUUGUAGAAUCAUGGUUGGAAAAUCCCACUUCAAGUAAAAUGCCUCAAACACAAAUAUAUUUAGGCAGCUGUAAAGUAAACCUAGCACACACACAGACUAGAAGCUCCUCGUCAUCACAACAUUGUGGCAUUUAAGUUUUUAUGAGUAAUCCCGGAAGAAUAACUAGUUUGCUAAAUGUGGACUGCUGCCAAUAAUGACAUUGGAUAUUCAAUGUAUUUGAUAUCUCAUAUGUUUGGUUCAAGACAGAGGCUUGCUCCCUUUUAAACAGUUUUAGCUCAUUGUCCAAUGUAACAUCUGUACCAUAUGAAAUAUUAGAAUUUACUUGAUUUUGAAAAGUGACUGAAUCAAACAGAACUAUGUCCCAUGUGUAUCGGUACUAUGAGAAAACCUCUUGAUCCUAACGGAUCUUAAAAUACGAACUGUAAACUACACGUCAGAAUUUUGUCAAGACAAAAACAUUUCUUUUUCUUAAUUUUCUAUACUUGCAUCUUUUUUUUGAUGUGCAAUUGUCAAAAUGCUGAUUUAAUUACGCAUGUAAUCCUUUACAGUAUUUCUGUUAGUUAAGUUACAAGGAUAACUUGAUGCUUCUUUGUUGCAUGAAGUAAACCAUUUCUGCAGCAACACUUGAUGUUCAGUCAUUUAUACUGAUAUCAGUAGUAGGCAGUGUUUGCCUGUUUAUAUCCUUUUUAACCAGUUACAAUUUAAUUAAUUUUAUGUAGCUGAUUAGUUAUAGAUGUUUUUCUUAGCUUCUUUUAUUAGUCCUAUAUUGUUUUGUUCCCUGAUCCUGUAUUUUCUGUGAAUGUCAAGGGCUUCCUCAUACAUUUCUGAAGCUUAAACCUUUUAAUUCAACUUUGAAACAAUGAAUCACCCACCAGUCAUUUAUAAAACUUCUCGGCAAUCUAAAUGGUAAAUGUAGCCAUUGUGACUCUCUGCCCAGUGUUUUAACACGGUACCUGUGAGCUAUUGUAGCACCAAAUCUGCAUUGUUCUCCACAAGACCGAUGACCGCAGGUGUACGCAGGCCGAGAUGAAAGAUGACAGAUAUACAUGAAGCUGGGGUAUAUCGCAUCUCAUCUUUUUAUGCCACGUUUCCUGUUGAAUUUACCAAAAAGAAAAAAAACCCCUAAAGAAUAAAGACUACCUAUCAAUCACCAGAAGGAUAACAACCCAGUAUCCUGUCUGAAUGGAAAUCCCUUUAUGACACAACUCAACUGACCUGUUGACCGUUUUUAUGAAAAUGGAAAAAAAUAAUAAAAAUAAUGAAAAUAA